UGCAAGCCUGCUCAUCUGCUGUGAAUUACUGUUGUAAAGUACUGCUGUACAGCAGUACAAUGUAUUCCUGCUGAAUAUUUGUGUGACGUAGACUGGUGAGUCAACCGUGUAACGAACGGCACAGGCUCGCGCCCGACAUAAAUGCGACGAAAACGCACACACCACACAUGAACAACAUACUACUGCUGUUGGCAGCAAAAAUAGGGUGUACAGCACAUAUUCCGGAGUAUACAUUCAAAAACCAACCGUUACCUUUGACCAAGAUGAAUAUUUAA